UGCUUCCGAGACGUUGAAAGGCAAAGAAGAGACAGUCCCCGAGAAGUAAAAUAUGACUAAAAGCAAUGGCGAAGAGGCCAAGGUGGGGGGCAGGAUGGAGAGGCUGCAGCGAGGAGUCCGCAAACGCACGCUCUUGGCCAAGAAGAAAGUGCAGAACAUCACCAAGGAGGACGUGAAAAGCUACCUGUUCCGGAAUGCUUUCGUUCUUCUCACCGUCACUGCUGUCAUUGUGGGUACAAUCCUUGGAUUUACUCUCCGGCCUUACAAAAUGAGCUACCGGGAGGUCAAGUACUUCUCCUUUCCUGGGGAGCUUCUGAUGCGGAUGCUGCAGAUGUUGGUGCUGCCCCUCAUCAUCUCCAGCCUUGUCACAGGGAUGGCGGCCCUAGAUAGUAAGGCUUCAGGGAAGAUGGGAAUGCGAGCAGUGGUCUAUUACAUGACGACCACCAUCCUUGCCGUGGUGAUUGGCAUAAUCAUUGUCAUCAUCAUCCAUCCUGGGAAGGGCACCAAGGAGAACAUGCACAGAGAAGGCAAAAUUGUACAAGUGACUGCGGCGGAUGCCUUCCUGGACCUGAUCAGGAACAUGUUCCCGCCAAAUCUGGUGGAAGCCUGCUUUAAACAGUUUAAAACCAACUAUGAGAAGAGAAGCUUUAAGGUGCCGGUGGAGUCCAACGAGACGCUUGUGAGCGCCGUGAUAAACAACGUGUCAGAGGCCAUGGAGACACUCACUCGCAUCAAAGAGGAGCUGGUCCCGGUCCCGGGUUCUGUGAACGGCGUCAACGCCCUGGGUCUGGUCGUCUUCUCCAUGUGCUUUGGCUUUGUGAUUGGAAACAUGAAGGAGCAAGGACAAGCCCUGAAGGAUUUCUUCGAUUCUCUUAACGAGGCCAUCAUGAGGCUGGUAGCAGUGAUAAUGUGGUACGCCCCUCUUGGCAUCCUGUUCCUGAUUGCAGGGAAAAUUGUGGAGAUGGAGGACAUGGGCGUGAUUGGGGGCCAGCUCGCCAUGUACACGGUGACGGUCAUCGUCGGCUUGCUCAUCCACGCGGUCAUCGUCCUGCCCCUCCUCUACUUCUUGGUAACACGUAAAAAUCCCUGGGUUUUCAUCGGAGGCUUGCUGCAAGCCCUCAUCACGGCCCUGGGGACCUCCUCAAGUUCUGCCACCCUACCCAUCACCUUCAAGUGCCUGGAGGAGAACAUUGGCGUGGACAAGCGCGUCACCAGAUUCGUGCUGCCUGUGGGGGCCACGAUUAACAUGGAUGGCACUGCCCUCUAUGAGGCCUUGGCCGCCAUUUUCAUCGCUCAAGUGAACAACUUUGAUCUGAACUUCGGACAGAUUAUUACAAUCAGCAUUACAGCCACGGCUGCCAGCAUCGGGGCAGCCGGGAUCCCCCAGGCGGGCCUGGUCACCAUGGUUAUCGUGCUGACAUCCGUGGGGCUGCCGACCGAUGACAUCACGCUCAUCAUUGCCGUGGACUGGUUUCUGGAUCGCCUCCGAACCACCACCAACGUGCUGGGCGACUCUCUUGGCGCUGGCAUCGUGGAGCAUUUGUCUCGACAUGAACUGAAAAACCGAGAUGUGGAAAUGGGUAACUCAGUGAUCGAAGAGAAUGAAAUGAAGAAACCCUAUCAGCUGAUCACCCAGGAAAUUGAGAAUGAGAAGCCUCUUGACCAUGAAACCAAGAUAUAGGCGAACAGAAAGGAGUGCUUU